CAGGCCCGACUGGGCUCUAAAGCCUGUAAAUCUGACAGAGCUUCAGUCAAGCGGCUGUAAUAGCAGGCGUGGACCCAUUUGUCAUUCUCUCAGGACCCAUUAGUGUGACUUCACUUCUGAUUGGUCAGUCCGAAUGAAGGGCGCGGCAUGGUUUCUUUGUGGAGGGUGUGACUUGCCUUCCUAUUGGCCACGAUGCGCGGGCGGUGGGAGGGGCGUCCCCGGACGUCGUCGUCGUUGCCGUCCAUGAUGUCUUCAUCUUCGCCGCCGACGCCGGUUCAGAUUCGCGAGGCUAACGCGCAUUUGGCAGCGCUGCACGGGCGGGUUGCAGAGUUGGAACGGCGGUUGGCAGCUGCGGAGCGUACGGUGCACGGCCAGGCUGAAAGUCUCAUCCGGAAGGAUGCCGAGAUGCGCCAGGCGGUGUUCGGGCUUCGGGAGGGCAAGGACAGGGAAAUUGCCAUAUUGGAGGAAAAGCUACAGUCUUCUGAACAGUAUGCACAAAAACUGUUAAAUGUGAUCCAGGAAAAAGACAGUUUGAUCACGCAACUGAGGCACAGAAGCCGCCUGUUGACUAAGAUUUGUCGUAGCCGUCCAGUCCUGGACAAUCUCUUGGCCUACAUGGCUGAAGGGGAGCAACUGAGUCCUGCCCUUGGUGCACAAAGUGAUGCCAACUCACCAGAUCACAGCCUGUCAUUGGAGACAAACUGUAUCCCAGACCUUGAUUUGGAUACCAAAGACUUUUCACUUGGGGAUGAUGAACAGGAUUCAGAUAAGACUUUGUUUGGGACAACAGUGUAGAUGGACAAGUUUCUUGGGUCCCAUAUCUGAGGCCUCUUUUUUAAAAAAUCAUUUAAAUAGGGUAAUACCACUUUUUUUUUUUUAUUCUAACCUGCUCAGGCUGGAGUUGACAGUGACUUUUUAAACCAGCCACUCUAGUAAUAGUUUUGUGUACCAGCAGACUUUUUUUGGUUUGUGGCUUAAAAAUUAUGCCUUUUUUCCUGCACCCCUUAAUUGGAUGUAGGGUACCUGAAUCUGUAGGACAAAUUAUGACAGUCCCAGCAUCUUCCAAUAUUGGUAUAAUGGGUUCAAACUACAAGGAAGGAAUUCAAAUUAGGGUUAGUCAUCAGGAGGAAUUUUCUAAUUGUUACAAGUUAUCAGCUAGUAGAACAAAUUGUAAAAUACUUGGUAAGUUCUCCUUUGCUAAAGGAGAUGUUCUAAUGAAUCCUGCAGGUGACCUCUAUGGUUCCUUCUAAUUCUGUGAUUACAUAAUUUCAGAUUUGCAUGUGCCACACGGGCUAAACGAUUUAAAAUAUAAAAUGCACGAGGGCAGCAAAUCAUGCCUUUGCUGACAGACUUGGAAAUGCCACAGUUAGAAAGAAGAAUGUUAUUUAGAUACCAGUAUCUUUUUAACAGCCAUAGUUAAGGCUGGAAUCCUGGAGUUCAGUCCUGCUAGUACAGGUAGACCUCUACUCACAACCAUUCAUUUAACAACCUUUUGGAGUUAAGAAGGCUGUGAAAAAAAGGGACUGCUAAUCAGUUCUUGCACUUACGACCAUUGCACUAUCUUGGCAGUGAGGUGAUCAUAAUUUGGGCAUUCAGCAAUCGGCAUGUAUUUAUCAUGGUUGCAGUAUAACAGGGUGACGUGAUCACCAUUUGCAGUCUUCUAAGGCAGAGGUCCCCAAUCAUUUGGGCGCCAGGGACCAGUUCCAUGGAGAGAGGUUUUUCCGCAGACCGGAGAGGGCGUGGUUUUGUGUGCUGCCUGCA